AUGAAUAAACAUGAAUUUUAUUUGCAGGAAAAUUUGAAAAAAGUUGUAAAAAUAGGCGAGAGAUACGAUCAACAACUUGCACGUAUUACUGGUAAUACGGAAAAAUCAAGUCCAAUGUUCAUUAAAUUAAUUAGUAAAAAUUUAUCAAGAGGUCAUAUGGUCAAUCAGCAAAUUCAUUCACGUCAAUCAAAUUGGGAUAAUAAUGAAGAAUGGUGGCUAAAUAAAUCCAAUUCAUGGUAUUCAAGUAUUCCCGAGAUUGUUUCCGAGUUAAAACGUAAUACGGAUAAAGAGAUGGAUGAAGAAAAUGAAAUUCGGGAAUUGAAAAAAUCGGAAAUGAUGAAAGCUUCCUGUAUUGCUAAUAAUGAAAAACAAAAAUAUGUUACAUUCAAAGAAUCUUUACGUUUUUGGAAUUUAUCAUUGGAACCGGUCAAUUUAGCUCAACAUUCCUUGGAUAUUCAGCAUAUUUCGAUGAUAAACCGGAAAUGUUCUACAGAUCAAAAAUCAACAUUUUGUUACGAAGAAAUUAUCAACGAUGUGGAGGAUUUGACAAAUACGGAUACAAAUAUGUGUAAUAUUUCGCAGGAAUCAAAGAAAUGUCAUGAAUUUUGCAUUAAUAUUGAUCCGGAAAAUGGGUAUUUAAUUAAUUCUACGGAAUAUGCUUGUCAGGAAGGUAAUAAAUCAACAAUUUCAACGUUUAUCGAUUGGAUUCAAACGAUUAUUCAUAAUAAAACGAGUGUAAUAAUGGUUGGACAAAAUGAAAAUGUCAAAAAUUCAGAAUUUCAAAUUUGGACUCAACAAAUACUUCAAAAUUUGGAUGUUACACUUGCUUUAAACAAUUACGACAAUACAAUGAUAUUUUCGGAUGAUGAAAUCAGCAAUAAUAUUAUCCGUUUAAGCCAAUGGAUUGAAUUUGCAAAAUUUAAUGUGACAACAAUGGGACAGGAAAUUGCUUGGCAAUUAUUAAAACAAUAUCAACAAUAUGAUGAUGAAAAUAUUUCAAGUAAUCUAAUUCGAAUAUGUAUGACAAAUCAAGGAAUGGGUGAAAUUAACUGCACCGAACAAUAUCACUAUAAUAUAUGUCAUUUAGAUAAUUCGGAUAAAUGUAUGGAUGAUAAUGUUGAUAAUUUACAACAAACAAUAAUUAUUUGUCGACAAUUUAUGAUAAAUAAUAUGAAAAUUGAAAAAAUUAAAAUUGAAUAUUUCUGUAAUUCAUUAAAUGAAACAAAUAUUUUGUUGGAUUAUCAACAAAAAGCAUCAAGAAAUACAACAGAUAUUAUUAUUUUACAAUUAAUUCAUACAAUAUUAAUUCAUUCAAUUCCAUUUACAACUCCUCCUCCUCCUCCUACUACUACUACUACUACUGCUACUAUUCGAUUCAAUCAAUAUGAAAAAGAACGAAAUGAUGGAAAUAAUUUACGAUUGAAAAUUAAUGAAGAAGAAGAAGAAGAAGAAAAGGAUGAAAAAGAAGAAAAAAUUAUUCAAACAAUAUUUCCGGAAUUAUCUAAAAGUGUAAAAAAUUUGGGACAAUUUAAUGAAACUAAUUAUACAUUUACAACAAUUAAUUCAUUAGCUAUGCAAACUGAAACGAUACCGGAAACAGAAAUAUUUCAAGCUACUAAAUCAAAUUUAAUAAUUUCAUCAGAAAUGGAGCAAAAUUUUGAUAAUUUUUUAAAUGAUACAACAAUAAUAAAUGUAAUCAAUUCAAAUGAUAUGAAUGUAAUGAUAAAUAAUGGAAGCGAUAAUACAAUCAAUGGUUAG